AUGCCUUUGCAGUAUCCGUUAUUGUUCCCGUACAGAGAGACCGGGUUCCACGAGCGCAUACGCUACCAUGACAACACCGGACGUCGGGCGACUAAACGACAAUGUGUCACGAUGCGGGAAUACUACUGCUACAGAAUCCAUUAUCGCAACAAUGAAGGCACCACCCUGUUAAGAGGCGGUCGUUUAUUCCAACAAUAUUUGGUUGACUCAUACGCGGCCAUCGAAGAACAAAGGUUGCGCUGGAUGAGGAAUAACCAAAAUGAGCUGCGCGUUGAACUCUAUCAUAAUGUUUGUGACGCUGUGACGCGUGGGGAUACAAAUGCUGAGGCUAUCGGACAACGUAUAGUUUUGCCAUCAACCUUUACGGGCAGUCCAAGAUAUAUGAUCCAAAAUUACCAAGAUGCCAUGGCUCUGUGCCGUGCUUUUGGGAACCCCGACCUAUUUGUAACAUUUACAGCUAACCCAAAAUGGCCUGAAAAUCGAAGACAUGUUGUUUACACAAUUGAGUUUCAAAAACGAGGCCUACCACAUGCGCACCUUUUAUUGUGGCUCGAAAAUUCUGCCGCGUCUCGCACGCCUACUGGUAUAGAUGAUUUGAUUUCAGCCGAGAUCCCAUCGAAAAUUGACGAUCCAUCCGGCUAUAAGGCUGUGACAGAUUACAUGUUGCAUGGUCCAUGUGGGAAUGAUGCGCGCAGUGCUCCGUGUACAACAGAUGGUAAAUGCAUGAAACACUUUCCAAAACCAUUUUAUCGAGAAACGACAAUUGACGAAGACGGUUACCCGGUUUAUCGACGACGAGAUACCAAGAUUUUCUUUAUGAAGGGCAAAACGAAGCUUGACAACCGGUUUGUCGUCCCAUACAACCGUUAUCUCCUCUUAAAGUACGAAUCGCACAUCAAUGUUGAAUGGUGCAACCAGUCCCGAGCAAUAAAAUACCUGUUUAAAUACUUAAACAAGGGGCCAGACAGGGCUACAAUGGUUGUUCAGGAAAACAUUGGCAAUGAUGGUGAAAGGCGUACACAACAGAUUGUUAAGGUCGAUGAGAUUAAAAACUAUUUGGAUUGCCGGUACUUAUCACCGUGUGAAGCUGUGUGGAGAAUGCUUGCAUUUCCUAUACAUUACUCAUUCCCAUCCGUCAUGAAGCUAACGUUCCAUACACCUAACCAACAUCUAAUCACGUUACGUGAUUCGGACAGCUUACCAGCCCUGUUAAACCGGGACGGGAUACGAGACACAAUGUUCACCCAAUGGUUUGCGCUGAACAGCAGAGAUGCAGCGGCAAGAGAGUUUACGUACGCCGAGAUACCUACAAAGUAUGUGUGGCAAGAGGAUAACAAGGUAUGGAAAACGCGGUUGGAACGGCCAGCCAUUGGGCGGAUUGUGUAUUGCAAUCCAGCAGCUGGGCCAAAGUAUUAUUUAAGGAUGUUGUUGGGAAUUGUCAGAGGGCCCCGAAGUUUUGAAGAAAUAAAAACGGUCGACGGAGUCGUGUAUGAAACGUUCAAAGAAGCCUGCUAUGCGUACGACUUACUUAAUGAUGACAAGGAGUGGAAUGACGCUCUUUCAGAGUCUAAAUUAUGGGCGUCCGGUUCCCAGCUACGGGAAUUGUUUGUUACCAUAUUGUUGUUUUGCGAAGUGAACCGCCCGGCACAAUUGUGGGCACAGAAUUGGGAGAUACUAUCUGAUGAUAUUUUAUACAUGAAACGUAGGCUCUUCAUGUUUCCGGGAUUACAUUUAUCGGACGACCAGCUUAAGAACUACUGCCUGAUUGAACUAAAUGAACUAUUGGAGAAAAAUGGAAAAUCGUUGGUUGAUUUCACAGAUAUGCCACAAACAGAUACGUCGCUCCUCGAUAAGAUGGAUAAUCGUCUAAUCAGGGAAGAGUUGAGUUACAAUAAAAAAAAGUUGACAGACGAACACGAUCAAUUAUAUGCAUCACUAAACACGGAACAAACGGUCAUAUACGACACAGUCAUUGAUUCUGUUAUCACCCGAAAAGGAGGGUUUUAUUUCGUGUAUGGUCCGGGUGGGACAGGCAAGACUUUCCUGUACAGAGCCAUCCUGUCACGCUUAAGAUCGAUGGGCCUGAUUGCCCUUGCGGUUGCAUCUUCAGGUAUCGCAUCCCUUCUAUUACCCGGUGGUCGGACAGCUCAUAGCCGCUUCGCUAUCCCUUUAGAAUUACUUAACAAUAGCACGUGUGCCAUCAAACAAAAUACCUAA